AUGAACACGUCGGUGACCGAACAACCAGUAUCAAAUGCUGUUGGCUUGGAUACUGACUCAAGUGCUGUUAACCAUCAUAAACGAAUUCGUGAGCAAGCCGAACAAUCGUAUUUAAACAAUGUACAAUCGCAACUUACUAAAUAUAUCAGCCGGUCUGUCAAACGGCAACGAACGUAUGUUAUUAGCGACAUUGUUGGCUUCAAGGUAUGUGAGGUCGAUCGUACAAACACUUCUUCCACGACACUACCAUGUAAGGUAAUCGAGUCGCAUGAUAUGGGUAUUAUACGAACUUUAUCAAAUUUUGUAUUACCAAGUUCAUUGACAGUAAAUACUAACGCUACACAACGAAUAAAUUCUUCUCCUGAUGAGAAUAUGAAGCAAUUAUCCAAUUCCAGUAAUGGCACAAUCGUGUUAGAAAGACAGAAGACUGAUGUGCAAAAUUCAUGUGUUAUUGUCUUGAAAUCCUCUGGCGGACGUCUUGGGAAUAAAAUGUUUAUGUAUGCAACAGCUUAUGGUUUAACAAGAACGUAUCAUUGUUCAAUGUAUCUCGAAAGAAAAGCUUUUGAUGAACUACGUGAAACGUUUUUAGUUGAACCCAUUAAACGUAUUUCUGAUGAGCAAUUUUCUAACAUAAAAAACAAAACUCAAGCACUAUCAAAUGGUUGUCAUUAUCCUAAUUUAUCAAAAAUAAUCACAAAUUCAACUAUAUUGGAACUAAGUGGAUAUUGGCAAAAUUAUAAAUACUUUGUGAAUUAUUCCACAGAAAUUCGAGAUCAGUUCACUUUAAAAAAGAAUAUUUUAUUGGAAAUGGAUAAAUAUUUUACAAAUAACUCUAAACUAAAAAAUGCAACUUUAGUUGGUGUACAUGUGAGACGUGGAGAUUUUUUAUCUAAACAUAAUGUAGAUGCGGGCUUUACCGUUUCAUCUGCUGAAUAUAUUAAUAAAUCAAUGAUUUAUUUUACAAAGAACUAUCAAAAUGUCUAUUUUAUUAUUGCCAGUGAUGAUAAAACUUGGUGUACAGAAACAUUUGGAAAACAACAAAAUAAUAAUGUUCUAAUCACACCAAAUCAUUUCACACCUUCAGAAGAUUUAGCGGUUCUUACGUCGUGUAACCAUACAAUUGUUACUGUGGGGACAUUUGGUUGGUGGACAGCAUUUUUAACAAAUGGUGAAGUGUUGUGCGAUAAAAAUUACCCAAGAAAUGGUACUUGGCUUAGUGGAUUAUGUCCAGGACAAGAAUACUAUCCACCAUGGUACAAAAGUUUAUAA